CGGCGAGCGUUCCGGGUGCGUCAGUUCCGGCUGGCGCGCGAUGCUGUCGGUUGCAGGCAGCUCCGGUCCCGGCGGGGCGGGCGGCUCCGGGCCGGGCCUGGGCAGCGACGGCGAUUUCCUGUCGCGAUACCGGCUGGUGUCGGCCAAGCUGCGGCGGCGCUUCCUGCGCAAGCCGAACGUGGCGGAGGCGGCCGAGCAGUUCGCGGCGCUGGCGAGGGAACUGCGCGCCCAGGAGAGCCUGCCCUACGCGGCCUGGUGCCAGCUGGCCGUUGCGCGGUGCGCGCAGAGCCUGUUCCACGGCCCCGCCGAGGCGGCCGCCCUGGCCGAGGCCGCACGGCUCUUUCUGCGGCAGGAGCGCGACCUGCGGCAGCGCCUGGGGCUGCGCGGCGGCUUCGGCGAGCAUGUCGCGGCGGCGCAGAGCUGCGGCGCGUUCGCCGCCCGCCUGCACUUGGAGCGGGGACAGCCGGCGCUGGCGGCCGGGCUGUGCCUGGAGCUGGCCGCGGCGCUGCGCGACACGGGACGGCCCGCGAGCGCCGCCGCCCCUCUGCAGCGGGCAGCCGACCUGCUGGCGGUGGCGCGGCUGCCUUUGGAGGCUCUGCGGUGCUUGGCCGACCGCGCCUCCUGCCUGCUGCUGGGUCGCGACUACGCCGGUGCGCUGGCGGCGCUGACUCGGGCGCAGGCGCUGGCAGCGGCCGGGCUGGGUGGUGGUGUCGGCGGCGGGGGAGCCCCCGGUGGUGCCUUCAUGGACGUGCUGGCGCGUUGCGAGGUGUCGCGGGUGCUGCUGUUGCUGCUGCUGCAGCCGCCGCCCGCCAAGCUGCUGCCCGAGCACGCCCGGACGCUGGAGCAGUACUGCUGGGAGGCUCCCGAGAGCGGUGCGGGGCCCGGGACUGGUGGCGGCGCCGGGGCGGGCGGAGGGCUGCCGCCUGCAGCGAGCUACUUACCGUCCGAGCUCUUCCUGCUGCUGCAGUCGGCCGUGCUGGCGUGCCAGGAGAAGGACGCAGAGGCGCUGAAGGCCCUGCAGGCCGAGCUGUGGCCGCUGCUUAGCGCGGAGCAGAACCACCUCCUCCACCUGGUGUUGCAGGAGAUGCUGAGCCCUGCCGGACAGGGGCUCUGAGCACCACCGUGGGCAUGGAUGGGCCUUUUGCAGAGCCACAGGGUCGGGCUUGGACUUACCUUUGAAGCCACAGUCUGUGUCAGUUUAUCCUCUAUUUUGUUAUUUAUUUUUAAUACGAAUUCUAUAACAGAAACAAGUAAUAAUCGAUGAGCAAAUGUGUUCAUCUUAUGUUGUGUCAUAGUAAACCACUCAUUGUGCA